AUGGAAAGCUGUAGAUUAUUUGACAAUAUCUAUAAUAUUCUAAAGAUAAACAAAAAAGUGGUCUUUUGCUGGAAUAUAUUUAAUUGCGUAGAUUAUUAUUCUGAAAUCAAUAAAUAUGACAUUUAUGAUUUCGAAUCCACAAUUCCUCCUGAAGGAAAUAUUAAAUAUACUAAGCAUAUAAUAGCUCGUUUACCACUUUUGGAAGAAAAUAUUGAAUUUGGAAAAGAAAAUAUAUACAAACCACAAGUUAUAGAUGAGAAUUCUAAUCUUAAUUUUAAACAAGAUCUAAAGUUACUUGACUAUAAUAUAUAUAAUAGAUAUAGAUCUCCCGAAACAGAUAUAUCUAGUACUCGUAGUAUAGAUUUUGUAGAAGAUUUAAUCGGUAAUUGGAUAUUAGAUAAUGAACUUUCUGAAGAUUUAGGACCACUUCUAACUUUUUUAGGAGUAGGUAUAAUGAAGAGAAAAAUUGCUAAUAAUGGAAAUUUUAUUUUGAAGGUGGUAAGAAAACAUGAAACUAUUUUGGAAAUAAUUUUACAACCAUUCCUUGGCCCAAGUCAAGUAAUGACAUGGAACCUAACUGGAGAAGAAUAUUAUGAAAAAAAUAGUGAAGUUGGAUUUUGGAAGAAUAAAAUAAAAAUAGUAAAGUUUAAGCAUCAAAGGACAAAUGGAAUAGAGGUAUAUGCUUUACAAGCUAUUAGAACUAAUGAAAAAAUUAAUAGUUCAUUAAUAGAAACUAGAUGGUGUCAACCACAUCCAUUAUAUAAAAAAAUUAAAUAUAUUAGAUAUCAGUAA